CUAAUUAUUUGUUUUGUUCGCUCCUGAAAGUUUCAGCUUUCCCGAAACUUUAAUGUGUGAUACUUAUCCAGUCCGGUAGGGGGCAGCAGUUUUCUGAAUUUUACCAAGAAAGCAGAAUGAAACCUGUUUGCCUCGAGUCACAGCAGCUUUGCUUGUUGUCCUCAUAAUGAAUUAAAGUCAUUACUGUCAAAGGGAAAUGGGGGUAAAAAUAAAAUUAAAUUAAAUCAAAACAGCAGAAAGGUUCAAUAUAAUCACUUUAUGUUAUUUUAUUAAUGUAAUGAUCUUUAAUAACGCUUGUAAUUCAGCGGCUAUUUUCAGCAUGUCAUAUUAUUGAUCGAGCUGGAAAGCAUCAGUCUUCAUCGUGACCCUCCCCCCCGCCCCCCGUCGCCACACCACGUUUCCAAAACAAUACUUCCUUACGUCAUGCCUACGCCGCUGGUGACGAACUAGUCCACUACACUCCUCCUAUCCUAUCCUGCCUCACCUUUCCUCAUCACUCCGCUCCAACUCUCCCAUCAGGACCACGGAGAUGUUCCGCGGUGUCGAAAACAACACAAAGGACGAACUUUACUCGUUUCGCACUUUCGAGUGCUUUUAAAUAUCCACUUCGGUUGAACUUUAGGGAGAAGGGAGGUGGGAGUUUUUGUCUGUUGAGUGUGCUUUUCUUUUUUUUGUUUCUGUGUGAGUGUGUGUGGUCCCUUUCUCUGUAGGAAAAACAUCACAGAUAUAAGUCAGCUCUAUCCCCGCUGUGUGUUGCGCUUCCAUAUGUCGCGAAAGCGGGUCGACCAUGACUACACCCUGCGGAGCAUGAGCAACCUGAUGGGCGAGCGCUGGAAGAAAGUCAACGACGGAGGCGAGCGCAGCCUCAUCAAAGCUCCGUCCAGCGGCAGCAUCAGCAGCCAGGGCGCCGCCGCAUCCUCCUCCUCCUCCACCACCGCGGGCGCAUCAGCCCCUUCCUCCGCCGCCGCCGCCUCUUCCUCCACCACCAACACCGGGGACUUGGAGCGGGCUGCCCGCAAGCAGUUCCAGCAAGAUGUCACUCCAGCCUUCGUCUACGUCCUGGCCGUGUUCUCCGCUCUGGGGGGCUUUCUGUUCGGAUAUGACACCGGGGUGAUCUCCGGCGCGAUGCUCCUGCUCAAGAGGGAGCUGGACCUGAGCGCCAUGUGGCAGGAGCUGCUUAUCUCGAGCACCGUGGCCGCGGCAGCCCUGUCCGCCCUGCUGGGCGGCUUCCUGAAUGGGCUCUUCGGGCGCAGGGUGUGCAUCCUGCUGGCCAGCUUCUUCUUCACAGUGGGGGGGAUCGUGCUAAGCUCCGCUCCCGGGAAAGAGGCGCUCCUGGCGGGGAGGCUGAUCGUCGGAGUGGGCUUAGGGAUCGCCUCCAUGACGGUGCCCGUGUACAUCGCCGAAGCCUCUCCGCCGCACCUCAGAGGUCAGCUGGUGACCGUUAACACCCUCUUCAUCACGGGAGGGCAGUUCACCGCCAGCCUCAUCGACGGCGCCUUCAGCUACAUGCGGCGCGACGGAUGGAGGUACAUGCUGGGUCUGUCCGUGCUUCCCGCCGUGCUCCAGUUCGUCGGGUUCCUCUUCCUGCCGGAGAGCCCCCGCUGGCUGAUCCAGCGCGGGCUGACCCAAAAGGCCCGCCGGGUGCUCAGCCAGAUCCGAGGCAACCAGAACAUCGACGAGGAGUACGACAGCAUCAAGAACAGCAUCGAGGAAGAGGAGAAGGACAGCGGAGGAGAUGGCCCUGUGAUCUGGCGGAUGCUGACCUACCCCCCGACUCGCCGAGCUCUGGUGGUGGGAUGCGGCCUUCAGAUGUUCCAGCAGCUUUCGGGAAUCAACACGAUCAUGUGAGUGUGAAUGCGAGGCGUGGGAAACAGUUCGC